AUGGUAGCUUCGGGCGUGAAGAAGCCAUCAAUUCGUCGGCUGGACGUAGCGGCUCAAGAUGCAAUGAAAGCCCGAUAUGAGGCGUUAGCAUUAGUAGAAGAGCAGUUUUGUGAUUUUGAUAUUGUUUGGGCCAAAGUUCAUGGCUUUCCUUGGUGGCCAGGCGUGCUGUUCCUCUCGUGGGAUGGAGUGCAGAACGCUGGUAUCCAUACAGACCCUAAAAUCGUGGCAUCAUUAGCAGUACCACCUCCAGAGAAAACUCCAGUGAUUGACUCAAUAACAAACAAAGGAAAGGAUGUAUAUGUGACGAAACGCCAUUGUCUGAUCAUGUUUCUAGACAAGUUUAACUUUUCUCUCGUCGAGAUGAAUCCAAAUUUUGUGGCGAGCUUUACGCCUCAUUAUCAUUUGUAUGAAGGAGCAGUGAUGAAUAGUAAGAACAGCAAAUUUGUUAAAAAGAAAAGCGAGUUUCGACGUGCAGUCAUCAAGGCGACGCAGCUGCUGCAUAUGGGAAAAGAUAAUCUAAAUGAUGAUUUAUUGCUUCUGGAUGAGCCGGGUCAAGCAGACAAAAAACGUUGUACUAACGAGGUGGUGGAGCUUGAUGCGGAAGGAAAAGCAUUGCUUGAUGAGGUCUCGGAUGAUCUAGUCGUGGCAGAUGAUGCAGCAUUAAGUGUGAGGAAGGAAAAGGAGGUAAUUGAAGAGGAGAGAGUGAUGAAAAAGUCGCGAAAAAACGUGGACAGGAAGAUAAAAAUGACACAUACAAGUCAAGUGGCAACAGUGAACGAUAUCGAGAUUAUCGAGAAUAAAGUUGAGAAUGUUUCAAUGGUUAUGCCAGCUGUAAAAACGUUAACCGAAGAUAAUACGCUGCUAGUGCGCAAGUCGUCUCAAAAAGAAGAUACUUGCGCGAAGCCGACGCAAUUGCUUACUCCUACUGAUACGUCAAGUGCUUUAGAGAUCAAGAAAAAGAUAAUGCGUCCUAUUAGCGAAGGUUCUAAGAGAAUGUCGAGAGCAGAACGAAGACUUAUUAAUGAAGACGCUACCUUAAGCUCUCAAAGCAAUGUUAAGAACGUUCAUGUGUUAAAAGAGGAGAUUAUAUCUCCAAAGCAAGAGGCCGAGCAAAUACGUGAUGUGAGAUCCGAUAAAGUCGUAGAGAUCUCAGAGAAAAAGGAGUCCAUUGAUACACCAUUGUCUAGUAUUUGGACAAAGGGUGCAUCAUCUGACCCACGUAAUGAUUUCAAAACGCAUACACCAUUGGCUUACAGACAAGAUCUUGUGUGGGACGACGAAGUAUUUACAAAUGAACCCAGCGUUGCUGAUAGAUACAAAAUCACGUUCGAGCAGCAGUGUGGAGACGGAGUUUUUCAAAUGAGUUCUCAAAGUGACCGCUCAUUGGGCAAACGCCACUCACGGUCUGUUCGACAAUCUCAAAUUCGUCAGCAAAUGAUGUCGGGCAAUUUAGAUCCGCAUACAAUGGUGCAGUGUGCUGCCUAUCGCGCAAAAGAUCGUGUUGAGGAGCCUAACAGUCGUAGUCGCAGUGGGGCUACAUUGGAACCCCCGUUUCAAGUGGUGAUUCACCCUGACGCCGUGUUUGUAGCUGACGUUCAUGCUCACCUUGCUACUUGCGAAAUUAUCGGCUUUCUAGGUGGUAAAUGGGAUGAAAACUCUCAAACUUUGUACAUCCAGGCAGCAUUUCCGUGUCGAUCUCUUGAAAUUGACGGUGACGACGGAUCGACUGAUGUAGAGAUGGAUCCAGGGAGUGAAAUUGAAGUGCGUGGAAUUAUUGAAAAUGCUCAAUUGGAGGUCGUGGGCUGGUAUCAUUCACAUCCGGCUUUUGCGCCAGAUCCUUCAGUUCGAGAUAUCGAAAAUCAAACAAGUUAUCAACAUCUUUUUAAGCGUCCUAACACUAGUAAAGAAGAGAACACAGUGAGCAUGAAUUUAGAGCCGUUUGUAGGUCUCAUUGUUGGAACAUACGAUACUCGACGGAACUCGCCUGUCAGUCUCUUUCGUUACUUUCACACUCGAAGUGAAAAAGUUAGUGGAGUUGCAAGUCGCGAGAUCUUUAUGCCAUAUGAACUAAUCCCCGUUCGGCGCCACUUUCGAAAUGUGUUGCAAGACGAAGAACGUGAAAAGUCUCGAUUGUUUCCAAUGUAUAACUCAGUAUCAGAACACUUCAAAUUGGGUAAGACUCUUAAGAAGCUUCAGCACCCUGUGGACGUGAGGAAUGAGUCCAGUCAGAAAAAAACGUCGAGGCUGUCGUCUGUGAGAAUCAAAAGGAAGGGUUUUGUCAGGAAGCGCAAACCAAGCUCUGAAGCAAGAAAAUCAGUGAUAAAGAAAACGAAGUCGGCACGUAGACGCCCUUUGUCUACACUUAAAAUGCAAUUUAAUUCAACAAUCAACAAUGCCAAUCACGAUCAUCACACAACAGGUAUUGACUCCUUGACGUUAAAAUAUGCAUGUGAGAACGACCACAAUGAAAUCACGCCUUUGUCAACCUCGAACUGUUCAGGGAUAUCAAAUGAUGCUCCUGUUGUGGUAGACGAAACACUAGCAACAUUAGGCGGUGUAAACGAAGAUACAAUGAAAAAUGAAGAAUCAGAACGAAAUAUGACGUCCGACGUUUUGAGACAUCAAACUUUUAAUGACGUCGCCAUGACCCGUAAAAGCGUCAGUGAUAAUGAGAAUAAUCACGAUGGAAAGAUUGAGGGUCUCAUGGGUGAAUCUAAGGUGUCUGAAGCAAGUGCGAGUAGGUAUUUACAUGGUUUGAUGCUUGACCCCGACGCAAGAUCCUUAGGGAAAGAUGGGAUGGCGAGGCACGUUAGCAGGGACUUGGAUAGUGCAGCUAAGAAUUUGGAUCUGCGGAUUCGUCUACCAAAUAGUCCCAACAUUUCGAUGCGACCCUCGUCGACUUUGUCAUCUGCGGAUAGGCGAAGGUUGCCACUUUCAACAAGCCUUACUAUAUCCAGUCGGAAAAGAACUCGCAAACCACAGAAAACAACGAAGCAUUGGAUACGGCAAAAUUCGCCUAUGAGUGAUUGGUCAUCGCCAACUCGAUCUUCAAGGAUUCACAAAUCCACAUGCGAUAAUGCUUUUAAAGCACCCAUACGGUGUUGUUCGACUAAAGAUGGCGCGGAGGGUGCUACACUGCAGCCAUCAAGUUCUGAUCGUCCGGACUCGGACAGCGCGUUAAUAGAUGAUGUGCAGUAUUUUGUUGUGGAUGAAAACAUCGACAGGUCUACAAUUCAUCAAGGCGGUGCGAGUACAUUAAACAAGGUAGCCAUGCAUCCUCCAACGUUGAAUACAACAAAAAGUGAUGAAGUCCAAUGCAUUGUGACUUAUUUAGUGGAUCAAGUGGAAAAAUUAUCAUCUUUCGAGACGAAAGCGUCGUCAGACAGCUUUUUGUACAAGUUACCAGUCGAUGAACAUGUGGUGGUCAAUGGUGAGAACUUGAAGCCUCAUAUCGCUAUGCAUGUCAAGAAAUGUGAAAAUAUGGCAAGUGGGAAGGCCAUGCGAACUCAAAGUGGUAGUUUUUAUGGAACUUCGCCGCUAUUCGGAAGAAAUCGAGAGUGUGAAGAUAUCCAGACAUCGUUGAAUAAAAUGGCGGAGCAUUUGACAAAACUUCAGUCCUUGAGAGUGAGAAAGCAAGGUAAACGUAAGCAUCGAAAAGACACAGCAUUUAUACCUGAGGUCAAACUUGAUGUGGCGAAGCUUGAUAUGAAGCAAGACAAUUCUCGCCUUGAGCAUAAUUACUUGAAAGCGUUGCGUACUAAGUAUGGGCGUGGAGUGAGCGCAUGCACGGAACAGGUAAUUACUUUAGUAGAUUACUAUCGAUGUUUUGAGCGUCGUACAGAUCUGAACGAGCUUUGGAAAUCACGGAUCACUAAAUUGGAUAAAAUUGGGCUAUCGCUCUCUGAAUACGUUCAAUUUUUAGAUAUACCGUGUGCCCUACGACAAGACUACAUCAAGGACCUCAUUUCGUAUCUCCUGUCGAUUUCACUAAACUUCUGCAGGGGUUGA